AUGGAUCUAAGAACCGAACUGUUGAAGUCCAUCUGGUACGCGUUCACAUCACUGGAUGCAGAACACCACGGAAAAGUUUCAAAAUCUCAGCUAAAGGUCCUGUCUCAUAAUCUUUACACGGCUCUGAACAUCCCACAUGAUCCUGUUGCUUUGGAACAACACUUCCAAGAUGAUGACAACGGACCUGUGUCCAGCCAGGGCUAUAUGCCUUACCUCAACAACUACAUCCUGUCAAAGGCCAAAGAAGGGACAUUUGACAAGGAGACGUUUGAUGACUUGUGCUGGAUGAUGACAUCCAAGAAGAAUUACAAGCCUAGUAUAGAGCAGGGGCUGUGCUCUGAGAGAGACUGUUUCAAACUCUUCUGCCUGUUUAACCUACUCUCUGAGGACCACUACCCCCUGGUUAUCAUCCCAGCUGAGGUAAAGUACCUGCUCAAGAAAAUCUCUACAGCAAUGAACCAAGAGUGGAAUGGAAAACUAUUAGAGGACUUGUUAUCCAAGAAGACCAGUUUUCAAGGGGGCAUGUCAGUGUGGGAUUUCCUGGAGUAUGUGAAUGCUGGGCAACUCAUGCAGACAGACAACCGGGAGGUUUUCAGUCUGGCCCUGGACGAUGUUUUCAGGGAGAUGUAUCAUAAUGUGCUUAAAAAGGGGUACAUGUUGAAAAAAGGGCAUGUGCGGAGGAACUGGCAGGAGCGUUGGUUUGUGCUGAAGCCUAGCAGCAUGGCCUACUACGUCAAUGAGGACCUGAAGGAAAAGAAAGGGGAGAUCCAGCUGGAUAAGACCUGUGUAGUGGAGACCCUCCCAGAUAAAGAGGGCAAGCGGUACCUGUUUUGUGUAAAGACCCCUGGCAGGACCUAUGAGAUGAAUGCCUCAGACCAGAAGAUGAGGUUAGAGUGGAUACAAGCUGUGCAGACGGCUAUCAGGUUGACUGCGGAAGGGAAGAGCUCUCUGCACCAGGAGUUGAAGCUGCAAAGACGUGAGCAGAGAGAGAUCUGCAUGAGUGAUCUGACCAGCCAGCAAGAGGACACUAGUCAGUUUCAGCUGCAGGAGGAGAGAGGGAAACCAGGGGUGGACAUAGACACCAUCAUCCAGAACCAUAAGGAGAUGGAGAUACAACGCAAAGAAAGGGAGGAGCAAGAUAAACAACAGCAGAAGGAACUGUGCAGAGAACUGGAAAGGCAACUGGAGGAUUCUAAAAAGGCGGAGGAGAGGAUGGUGGCUGACAUGGCUAUGUUGGAGAGGAAGGUUGAGCAACAAAAACAGACAAUUCAAGACCUUGUACUUACCAAGCAGAAACUGGAAGAAGCCCUGAAGAAUGAAACCCAAGCCCACUUAGAAGAGAAGAAAGAACGCCAAAAAUUAGAGAGGCAGCUAGCUGAGGAGCGGAGGAAAUUGGCUGAAUUACUACAGAAGCUUCCUACAGAGAACAAUCGACAGGAGACACCUCAGCUCACAGAGGAAGACAGCAGCGUCAGUUCUACCUCAUGUGUCCCUCAGCCAGCCGAGCAUCCUCAGACGCUUACUGGAACAGAAAACACCAGUCAGGUUAAUUUGCAAGAAAGUCUUUAUGAUUACAGUCAGCAGACAAAGCAUUGGAAUAUUCAGCUGAAUCGCCUCUUGAAGCCCAUCACACCAGGAGACAAAGUGCCUCGGGUAAAGCCCAGCUGCCCCAAACAGGGCCAAGCCCUCGUCAGCUCAGAGUUCAUUACCAAAUACCAAUCAGCUAUUGAUCAGGAAACACCACAACCCUUCAACCAACCAUCGAACACGGAAGAGGAGGCUUCCCCAGUUCAGUCAGAUCAAGCCAGAACAUCUGUGGAUAAGUCAAAUAUGAACAGCAAUGGACAAGGGGAUGCUCUAACUGAAUGA